AUUCAUGGUUUCAGGUUAGUGUCGUGUUUUCAGAGCCGCGGGAAGACGACACCUUUGGUCUUGAUCUGUCGAAGAUCGGCCGAGGACUGUGAAGUGUGAUCGAACAUUUCGCGGUGUAAACAUAAUGCUGCGCAACACGUUACUGGCCGGCAGUUCGGCGGCGAAUGGUUCCUUUGGGAUUUUGAGCGGCCUGCCAAACACCGUUUGCGUGCAAUGCGUCAGAUGGAAAAGAAAACCGCUUUGGUUGGGUACGGCGAAGAGCAAGCUAUUCCGGAUUCCGGAACGGCCAAAAAUCCCCAAAGAUGAGACAAUUGAGCUUCUGAGAUUACACAACAAUUACAGGACCCUCGUUAGAUCCAUACGGCAUCACAUAACAGAAGCUGUUAUCGGAAGUCAGGCGCGAGUCGAUACGGAGCUGCGUGCGAAACAGGAGGAGGAAGAUUUUGUCCGUUGCGUAGCUCUGAAUAAUGAGUGGAACGAAUCCAAAGCCAAGGCCAGAGAUGAGAGAUUAGCUAAGGCACGCGAAGUCAGGAGGGAGGAAAUACUUAGGAAAAUUAUAGCUCAAGAGCAAUUAGCCGCUAAGCAGCUUGAAAAUAUUGAAAAAACUGUUAAACGAGUUAAGGAGGAAGCGGUCACUUUUAUAACUGAGAAGAAUAUAGAUCAAGCCAUAGAAGACGCUUUAAAUAACCCUGUCGACCACAAUUGGGCACUCGAUCUAGAAGGGACGAUACAUCGCGGAAAGUAUGUUCAACCCCAAGCUAACGAAGGUCAGAGACAAAAGAGAAUGCAGCCUGGUGUCUGAAACAAAUGAUUGUAGAUUAAUGUAAAGUAUAGAAAUGGUACCGUUGGUUAGAAAGUGCAAGGUCGUAUUUUCUACCUUGAUAAUAAAUGUUUACUUCAAAAACGUUGUUGUGUUGUAUGCAUUUCUUAUUUCUGCACCUAAUGUGUAUAUCCUACUUAAAGUAUAAAUAAUCAGCACAUGAAUGAAGACGGACUCUUGACGUAAACAUGGUAAUAAGGCGCUGUCAAAGUUUACAAUUACUUGUAUUUUUAAAUGAUGAUCGUACUAUACUAUGCGAUACAUUUCUUCAAACCAAUGUUCAACGUCCAGUCUUAUUCAAGAACAAUAAUUUACAAAGCAUAUCGAUUGAGAAAAUGAAGAGAAUUCUGGGAAUCUUGCACAUGAAACUUAAUAAACAAACCUAGAUAAUGACAAUAUACCAGCAUCUUGUUAUAGAAAUCAUUUAUUGAAAAUGGUGUAUAACGUGGUUUAUAUACAAAGAAAAAAAAACGAAAGAAAAACUGAGAAACAAUAUUGCUGACACAUUGUUAAAAUCUGGUUACAUCAGCAGCAUGUAUAAUAAUAUUUAAUAAAAUCAUUUUUAACGUAACUGUAACGACGUACACUCGUCAGAUGAUACAGGAGGUAUGACACACAACAUCUGCAAGCGUAAUCUCGAUCUGUCUGGAGAUAUAGCACAAGAAUAUUUUAAAUAAAUUCUCACCAGUCUCGAAUACCGAAUGACAUUUUUUUUAAUGGGAAAGGAAGUCUGCGAAUGAAAGUAAGUUUGUAUCCAUCAAAAUUGAAAGCCUUAAAUUAAGCUCGGGUUCAUGUUUAAUCAAGUUUAUGGCAAUCCAAACAGAUCAAUUUUACGAAAUUGAAGUGUAAAUCUCUGGUUAACAUUUGGCAUUAUUUCUCUUAUAAAAUAAAUGUUGUAAUUGGCUAGAUUAUUGAAGAUUUGUUCUGACAAAUUGUUGGUUCAAGGUGGAAAAAUAUAUAUUCUAAGAAUAAGGUAUCACAUUAUCAUGCUACGUUUAUCAUUGUAGUUCAUACUGGUAUCUCUGUUCCCUAAUGAAUCCCAUGGCACAUAAAAAAAAUGCUGAUUAUAGACACUGUAAUGACCCUUGAAUUAAAUUUGGCCAUAAUAAUUAACUUUCUCAGCAAAUAGAACGUGUACCACUCGAUUGAUUAUGUUUCCACGUGAAUUCAUAUAAAUUUUUACAGUAAUAAAGCUGCCGUAGCAAGUUUGUGUCAUCAAAUUAAUGUUAUUUUGUCAAAACAAUGUUUUUUUUUUUUUUUCUCAUAUCUUUGGCUCCUACGUAGGUACACCCUAUUAUUUUCUACUGUAUAGUAUAUAUAGAAUGGAGAGUAAUAACGUUAACAUGAUUUUUCCUUGAAUGAAUAUUGUACUUGGCUGUAAAUCAUCACCAUAUAAAUAUGAAUAUGAUUUUUCUAACAAUCUUUCACUGUUUUUCUUCCCUGUAUUCUUGAAAAACCAUGGGGAUAAUAAUUCAUGACACAAUAAUUGAUUUGUACAAAUUGUUUGGGACACGUAUUGCUACUACUCUUUGUUAGUCUGCACAUCUCCAUGAAUAAGGAUUGUCGCGUGGUACUUAAGUAUCACUUAUUGGCAUCUUCUUACUUGUGAAAAAUGAAUUAUUUAAAUUGAUUGAUUACGUGAUAUAUGCAGUGAUGAUCGCAAGACCUUAAUAAGAUUGUAAUUAAGCUAUCGUUUUCAUGUUACGUUCGAGAUCAUAAUGUGUUCGGUUUCUUUCCUUCUUUUUGUUUUGUUACCUCAAAGAAUCCCUAAAUCACGUUAUAUACUUAAAAUCCUCACACUAACUUAGCUAUAUGUAUAGAUAAGUUUCUUAAUUUUCAAACAACAUACUUACACAAAGUAAUCGGUUGAAAAUGUCUAUAAAAUAAUUUUAAAAAUCUUAAACUACACCAUUUUACGUUUGUAAACUGUCAAUUUCGUAGAUGUAUCUAAUUUUUGUGUGCUCAUUUGAAGUGCAUUACACUGAUACAGUCAUACAUUAACAUAAAAGAUUACAGUUAAUUGGGCAAUUAAAAAUUGCAAAUAAUGGUUCAAUAACCGAAACGGACAACACAAGUCAUUUCUCAAAGUUAAUACUUUAAAAUUAGGUAUGGUAAUAUGAUUUCGUGUAUACGUAUACUUUGUCACAAGCAAAUUUGGACUCUUGUACGUAGUUUGAAUUCGCAACCUUACUAUAAAAGCAAUUUACUAUAAAAACACGGGAAGUUUUACAAGUUUUUAUUGUACCACUUGUUACCGAGUAGUAAAAUGAACACGGUUCACCCUAUGUUUAUUGCAAAAUUUUCAACAUACUUUGGUAACAUAUGAUCAUCGCUGAAUAGUUACGUCUUUCCCUGCUAACAAAAAUUUUACUGUCUCAGUCCUUAGUGAUUGAAAUU